AUGCUCUUUUCACCUACUACUAUGGCAUCAGGCAAUUUAAGCCCACUUCGCAAAUUUUCCGGUAUUAUCCGUAAAAACUCCCCUCCUGGUUCGCCACCUUCACCAGCUCCAGGCUCACCAUCGUGGUGCCUCUGGCUUGUUGCAGCCCUUCAAGGUCAUGAAAUCAAUAGUGAAGAACGGCGAAAACUCGCCGAUGACAUUGAGCGAAUGAGCGAUCUCGAGCAGGAGAUGUUCAUUGAAUUCUUGGAGGCUGGAGUUGCUCCAUCUACUCUAGAAAAUAAUGCUUGCAAGCAGUUUGUUUGCAAUACAACUGAACUUUGCAGCGCACUUGCCUGUCGCGAACCACAGGUUAGCAUUUGAAU